AUGUCCCUUCGGUUUGCUCGCUUUUUGUCCACCACGCCCACGCUCCGGGCCAACUACGGCUUCAUCGGCCUUGGCCAGAUGGGCCAGCACAUGGCAAGACACAUAUAUGCGAAAAUGGAGCCUCUGGAUAAGUUGUAUGUUUUCGACACGGUGCCCGAGGCCACGGCUUCGUUUGUGGACACGGUCACUCAGCAGAAACCAGAGGCCAAGAGUCAACUCCACACAUUGGACGCCAUUCCAAAAUUCGUCACCGACGUGGACGCUCAGUUGGACUUUAUCGUGCUGAUGGUGCCUGAGGGAAAGCACGUCAAGGGAGUGGUAAGCGAGCUCGUGGACGCUUAUAAGAAGAACCCUCAGACGGGACUGACGACGUUCUUGGACUCGUCUACCAUUGACAUCCCUACCUCGGUUGAGGUGCACCAGAUGGUGAAGAAGGAGCUCCCUGAGUUUGAUUUCAUCGACACCCCAGUAUCUGGAGGUGUUGCUGGCGCCAGAAAGGGAACUUUGUCGUUCAUGCUUUCUCGUGAAGACCACAAGGACGUAGCUCCUGAUUUGGUCAAGUUGUUGAACAUGAUGGGCACCAACAUCUUUCCCUGUGGGAAGAACCACGGUGCAGGUUUGGCUGCAAAAUUGUCCAACAACUACUUGUUGGCCGUGACCAACUUGGCUGUGGCUGACUCGUUUCAAUUGGCCAAGUCCUUUGGCUUGAACUUGCAGCACUACGCCAAGCUCGUUUCGGUUUCUACUGGUAAGUCGUGGGCUUCUGUUGACAACUGCCCAAUCCCUGGAGUGUACCCUGAGAACAACUUGCCUGCUGAUGUGGGCUACAAGGGCGGUUUCAUUACCAAGUUGACAAAGAAGGACUUGGUUUUGGCUACUGACUGCGCCAACCAGUACGACCGUGCGUUGUUUUUGGGCCCCACGGCAAGAAAGUGGUACUUGAAGGCUUGUGAGCGUGAAGACUUGGGUUCUCGUGACUUGGGUGUGUUGUACGAAUGGCUUGGGGAGCUUGAGGAGAAGAACGGCGAGUAUGUCGACAAGAAGACCUCUGAGAGCUUCAAGGUCUGA